AUGGCUCCAGAUGGUCAUUUACGUUCUAUCUCGGACCCAGAGUCAGGGUACCUUCACUUUGCUUACGGAAGCAACAUGCACCUUAAGCAAAUGGCACAAAGAUGUCCAGAAAGUGUCAUCUUUGCGAAAGGAGCACUUCGCAACUAUAAAUGGCAGACCAAUAGCCGUGGCGGGGGAAACGUUCUACUGGGCAACGCUGACGACGUCGUGCACGGUAUCGUCUUCAAGAUUCCCUCGUGCGAAAUUGAAGCGUUAAGGCGGUACGAAGGAGUCGACAAGCAAUUCUUCGUGGAGCAAAAGCUUGUUAUUGAGCUAGAGGCCAUCUCGGACCCGGAGCUCAGCCGUCAGAAGACUGUUGAUGUGGUUGAAGUGCUGGCAAAGCAGAAUUCUGACCAUGGACAACACGACAUUUCAGCCACAAUGAGGCCAGCCCGCUCAAAUGAGAUAUGCCAGGCUGAAACUAGACUUCCAGGAUCCCAUGAAGCCCUGGUCUACAUCAGCACCCCCAUGUACAGCUCGCCCGGUACCAUUAGGGACGAGUAUAGGAGGAGGAUGCAACUGGCAAUAGCAGACGCGAGAUUCUUUGGUCUGUCUGAGGAUUAUUUGACAUGCUCAUUAGGUCCCCUCAUCUCCUGCAAGGAUACAGAUGCCUAG